AUGUCCUUAGUUACCAACCAACAACAGAGCGUCAUUGAUGCUGCUAUAGAUUCCUAUAUUUCCACCCACGACAAUGUUGCAUAUCAGUACUUGAAGUUUCGUCUGAGUGUGUUGGAAAACCUUAAACAGAUACAGAAAGAGAAGCUGGAGAACGGUGAGGUAUCUGAAGAAACGCUAAAACGCUUGCAAGAGCUCAAAUACGAAAACGAGAAAUUCAAGGUCUCUUAUCCAGCCUACGUUGAUCGUCUUUCUGGAAGAAUCGACUUUGCAGAGAACAACACGCCUCAGUAUGUGAGUGAGCUUCAACAGAACUACGAUGAACUCUCAAAGAAGAACGAGAAACUCAAGGCCAACCUCAAGACAUUGAGAGAGGAAUACGCGCCAAUAGUCGAGAGAAUGGGCCUGAUGGUGGCUAAGUUUGAAAUGCUGUUUGCAAGUGGCCGAGUGGGUCAAAAGAACGGCAGACCUAUUACUACUAUUGCCUAUAGAGAAAGCGCACCAAACCCAAAGGGUAUAUACCUAGACUACCAGUCUACGGUUUUCAUGAGAGAGGAGCUUGAACAGUCUUUGCAGACUCUUGACAUGGAACUUCGAAACCUUAAAACAGUGGACGAAAUUGACGAAGGUGGUGAAGAAAAGCCUCAGACAGGGACUCAGCUGCACUCAAUCGACACACUCAAACACUUGAACGAGCUAAUAGACAGAUCCAGGGCUCUGCGCCGUUUAGGCCCAGAUAAGGUUUCGUUUGACUUGACGCGGUCCAUAGAUAUUCCCAAGGACGCCAGGUACAUGUCUGUUGAUGAGUAUGAACAAACCAACCAGGCGCUCGCUCGAGACAUCAAGGAUCUCGUAGCAAGAGGAGCCAUCGCCAAAGAAAGAUGGUUGGCCAAUGCCAAAAAACUACAAGCUGUCGACGAUAUGUUGCGCAGUUUCGACGAGUCAAUGGAGGUGGAUUAG